UGUUCUGUUCAUCCCUAUCUUCUUCUUCUUCUAAUAAGAAAUCAGAUUUCCCUUCAAAAGACCUCGACAAGUAUCUCAUUGAUGGACAAAUGUACGCUCAUUUAUACAAAACUUUUUUGUUAUCCGACAAUGUAGCACAUUGGAAUGGAUUACUCUAAAGCACACAGUUUUAUUUAAAUCAAUAUAUAUAUACAAGCUUCGCAGUUAGCUCUGCCUCUGCUGUUGAAGAGCACUGCCAUGGCCUCAAACCAGCUGCUGAGAGCAAUUGGAGAUCGUAACCGAUUCUUCAAUGCCAUCAGAAGAUUCUUCUCUCACCAGCCAACUUCAACUACUCCUCCUUCAUCAGUUGAAUCAUCACCGUCUGAUAUUAGCAAGAGUGCUGACAAGAAAUCACAACCCGUUUCAUCUUUGAAUGAACUCGAGCUUGCUAAAUUCUCGGCCAUUGCUGACACCUGGUGGGAUCCCGAAGGGCCAUGUAAACCUUUGCAUGCGAUGAAUCCAACUAGACUUGCUUUUAUCCGCUCCACGCUUUGUCGACAUUUCAGGUUGAUUGCCUCUAUAAUGUUCCUAUUUCCUUUUCCCUUUAUGUAGGGAAAAUUAAUAUUC